UUUCAUCUAAAUGGGAUGCACAAAGCUGGAGAUGCGAUUCUGGGUGGGCUGUUUCAAAUCCACUUCUUUUCUGUCUUUCCUGACUUGUCUUUUACCUCAGAGCCACAACAGCCUACCUGCCACGGUUUUGAUGUUUUAGGAUUUAGGCAGGCCCAGACCAUGGCUUUUGCUAUAGAUGAGAUAAACAGAAACCACAACCUGCUGCCUAACGUGACUCUGGGAUACAGUGCCUAUGAUAACUGCAACAUACUGGGAUUCCGUGCAGCAUUGUCAUUAUCCAAUGGUCAAGAGGAGCAAGUUAAAUUAAAUGAGACCUGUGUAGGAAUCCCUCCAGUCCUGGGGAUUGUGGGUGAUUCUUCCUCUACACGUUGUCUUGCUAUUUCCUCUGUGUUAGGUUUGUACAGAGUACCUAUGGUGAGUUAUUUUGCCACAUGUUCCUGCCUGAGUGAUCGGCAAAAGUUUCCAUCCUUCUUUAGGACAAUCCCAAGUGAUGCUUUCCAGGUGCGUGCUGUGAUUCAGAUUCUGAAACACUUCAGCUGGACUUGGGCAGGUCUACUGAUCAGUGAUGAUGACUAUGGACUAUAUGCUGCCCGAUCCUUCCAGUCUGACUUGGCUCAGUCUGGUGGAGGUUGUCUGGCCUACUUAGAGGUUUUGCCCUGGAGCAAGGACACAGCUGAACUAAGGAGGAUUGUGAAAGUGAUGAAGAAAUCCGCAGCUUGUGUGGUCAUUGUCUUUGCACAUGAGAGUCACAUGAUUGACCUUAUGGAAGAGGUGAUGAGGCACAAUGUGACCGGCCUGCAGUGGAUAGCCAGUGAAGCAUGGACAUCAGCUACUGUGCUGCAGACCCCUGACCUCAUGCCGUAUCUGGGUGGCACACUGGGCAUUGCCAUUCGUCGAGGAGAAAUACCAGGGCUCAGGGAUUUCCUGUUACAAAUACGCCCUGAACUACGCCUGAACAACAGCAAUGAAAAUAAUGUGGUAAAUCAGUUUUGGGAAUACACAUUUCAGUGUAGAUUUGCACCACCUUCACCAGGCUGGUUGGAAGCUGGAGGAGCACUGUGCACUGGACAGGAAGAUCUAGAGAACGUGGACACUGAGUUCUUGGACAUUUCAAACCUUCGAUCAGAGUAUAAUGUUUACAAGGCUGUGUAUGCGCUGGCAUAUGCCCUUGAUGACCUGCUGCAGUGUGAGUCAGGGAGAGGGCCUUUCAGUGAGCACAGCUGUGGCAGUCUGCAAAGACUGGAACCAUGGCAGCUGAAAGGAUUUUACCUACCACUGGGUGAAGAACUCACACUUGAUGAGGACAAAAUCUUCUGGAACUUUAACACCAAAAAGCCACCCCGGUCAGUGUGUAGCGAGAGCUGUCCACCAGGUACCCGCAUGGCAAGAAAGAAGGGGGAACCUGUGUGCUGCUUUGACUGCAUCCCUUGUUCUGAGGGAAAGAUCAGCAAUGACACUGACUCUACAGAGUGCACCAGCUGUCCAGAUGACUUCUGGUCCAGCCCCCAGCGUGACCACUGUGUUCCUAAGAAAACAGAGUUCCUCUCCUACCACGAACCUCUGGGUAUCUGUUUGACAGCUACAUCACUGCUUGGCACAUUUAUUUGUGCUGUUGUCCUGGGGAUCUUCAUCUAUCAUCACAACACUCCUAUUGUACGUGCCAACAAUUCAGAACUGAGUUUCCAGCUACUGAUGUCACUAAAACUGUGUUUCCUGUGCUCAUUGCUGUUUAUUGGACGUCCCACACUGUGGACAUGUCAGCUGAGACAUGCAGCAUUUGGCAUCAGCUUUGUGCUUUGCAUGUCAUGCAUCCUGGUCAAAACCAUGGUGGUUCUGGCUGUGUUCCAGGCUUCUAAGCCAGGAGCUGGAGCCGGUCUGAAGUGGUUUGGUGUUUUGCAGCAGAGAGGGACAGUUCUGGUUCUUACUUCUCUUCAGGCAGCAAUCUGUACUGCCUGGCUUGUUUCUUCCUCACCAACACCUCAUAGGAACACCCAGUACCACAAUGACAAGAUCAUUUAUGAGUGUGUAGUUGGGUCCACAGUUGGUUUUUCACUGCUACUUGGCUACAUUGGCUUUCUUGCUCUCCUCAGUUUUCUGUUAGCAUUUUUAGUAAGAAAACUUCCAGAUAAUUUCAAUGAGGCUAAACACAUCACUUUCAGCAUGCUUAUUUUCUCUGCUGUGUGGGUGGCAUUUGUUCCCGCUUAUAUAAGCUCACCAGGCAAAUAUGCAGAUGCAGUGGAGGUAUUUGCCAUCUUGGCUUCUAGUUUCGGCCUCUUGGUGGCACUGUUUGGACCCAAAUGUUAUAUAAUUGUGAUGAGACCAGAGAGAAACACAAAGAAAGCAAUCAUGGGUAGAGGCACUACCAAGUUUCUUAAUUUUCAUAUAAACCCUACAAUGAGCAUAUAG